AAUACAAACAGGAAGUUGUGUGGUACGUAGUUGUGAGUGAAGAUUAGCAUUAAUAAACACUGGUCUUUGUUGACAACUUUGAUACAUUUCUAGGCUCUUUACAGGGCUACACUAGUACACUAGGCACACUAGUAAAUAUUCAAUUGCAACUUUAAAGCGACAAAGGGGGCAAAUUAUGCUCCUUCACUGAGAGAAGACGAGCAAAAUUGCAUACGUUAAAGCGAAGACACGUUCGGUAAGUCACUAGUACCAUCUAUCAAUCGAACAGGCUUGAGUACCCCUGCAAAUAUCCAGCUUGGCUUUUAAGGAGACGUCUUCAGCUACCUUUGCUAAUGAUAAGUCCACGUAUAAUGGUGUGGUAUAUACAUAUUAUACAUUGAAAAGUGGGCCAAUUUAGAUAUAUAAAUCGAAAAUAAGUAAAAGUUUUCCCACUACAUAAAGUCAAUUUAUGAUUUACACUUAACCUGUAAAAUAAAUGUAUUAUUGUGAGGAAUACCUUGUCGCUGAGGUCCCUCGCAAUGUCCAAGUGCCUCUGACAGCACACCACAGCCUCAUCAAACCUUCCCAGCACUUUUAGUGUGUUCCCAAGAUUCCCGCUGGCUUUGGCUUCUCCCAGCAGAUCGCCAAUGGUCCUACACGACAACAUGUUGGGACCACAUCUAGAUCUAAUGAGGAUGGCUUUGGAUGGUGUCGUUGAACAACCUGGUCAAGGUGAGGUCGUGUCGGUGGAAUUCCAGCGCCUUGGUGUAGUCGUGCAGGUGGAAGUAGGCGUUUCCCAGCUGGCUGUAGAUGGCACUGAGCACCUGCAGGUCUUCCGUGCCCACCUGGAUGGCCGCUUCGAAGAAGGAGACACCCGCUCUGUAGUCGCCCACCUUGCAGAGUCGCUCGCCUUCCAGUGCCAGCUCCAGGCAGGACACCUCCAUCCUGCAGUGCACAGAAGAUAAAAAGGUUAUGUCAAAGACUUACCUGUACCGUCAGUGAGUCAUGGAGGGGGAACCAGAGGAUUCUGAUGAUGACGUACAGGGGGAGCAUAAGACCACUGUAUUGUGGGAAAAGCGUAUCCAGCAGAGCAUCGUGGUGGACCUCAGCGAGGAUGAAAGCCUCCGCCUCAGUGAUCUGCAGGCAUCUUCCUUAGAUUUCCAUUUCUCGAAGGUGGAGUCUGCAGGGUCAGAGGCCAGUGUCCAUCUCAAGGAAAGUACUGAGCUAUCAACAGGGGAUGAUAAGUCCUCAGGUUCCGGUGUUGUCAGUAGUGAGAAGCUCGUAUCACACAAGAGUGGCAUCUUGCAAAGACACACCAUGCAAGAUGAGGAGACCCUGCACCAAGAGUAUGAAGACCCUGGGCAGAAUACCAGCGAUGAGGAUCAGGAGGACCUUCCUUAUGACGAAGAGCUUGGCAGCCUUUACUUCACUCACAUGGUUGGUUCUAAGAGCAAUGUGACAUCUGAUGGAAAACAAAGUACAACUGGUCUACAAUCGUCUGAAAAUGUGGAUAAACAAGCAACUUUAUCUCAAGAGGAUGCCAGAAAGCACAAUGAUGUCGCCCCAACAUGCAUUUGUCCUCCAGUUGACGUUAACCAGCUGCUGCUGCGACAUCUCGCCCGAGAGGAGUGGCUGCAGACAGGAAGGCCGAUUGAAGCCGAGACACUGCCGGAGGUGUCCCUGCUGGAGAGUGUAGAUGACAUUCUCUGUAGUCCAUCAGCAUACAACAACACUGCAGCGCUGAGCAAUAUUUCUGAGAGAGAGAACAGUUUAUCAAAAAGUGCACAUUUAGAGGAGGCUAAUCUUGACAGGACUAAUCUUGAUUACAAAGUGUGUGAUGUUCACACCCAGAAAGUCCCACAUUUGCACAGGUCUUUUAGUGACCUAAAGUACGGCCAAGGUCAAGUCCAUUACCCACUCCCUGACUUCUCCAAGGUAGCUCCCAAGGUGAAAAUCCCAAAGGGUCCCUCCAGUGGUACAGCCAGGCCUGUUCCCAGCCCUAUGAUCAAAACCCAGUCCUCCCCGGGGAUGUUAGAGCUAAUCAGCAGAGUUCUAGAGGAUUCAGGCCGGCCUUCAGAGAAUCCUCAACACAUACAUCAGCUUACUGGUCCUACAACAAUGCAUCACCUGCAGGAUGAAUAUGAUAAGUUACUAACCGAAUACACAGAAGCUGAUAAUCUCAGAGAUAAGAUCAGGCUGGGAACCAAUCCCUCUUCAGACUUUUGCAUCGAGAACUAUGAAGGCGAUCCAGGAAAUCUAAGUGAGGGAAGCCAUGUUGGACCGCUAGCUCCUCGCAUUCCAACACUGGUUCAAAAUCAGUUGAUCACGUCUGAUCAAGGAGAGGCUAGUGAUGCUGAAAAAAUGGCCGCUGAGCUGAGAGAUGUCAUCAGCCAGUUCAUGCAGACGGUGGAUGAUUUUAAGCAGAGAGUAAGCAACAGGUCAGUUAGCAGAGAAGAGCAGCAAAUGAUGCUCAGGAGCUUGAUGGAAGCCCAGGACCAGUUGGAAAGAAAAUACAUGAGCAAGAAGGAAGAGCACAGAGCUCUGGAGAUGCAGAAUUAUCUGGGCCUGAGCAGAAAUAUUGGAACAUUUGACCCAAACAGGGUGGUGGAGGGAGAUAUAUUCAGGGUGGGAAUGCACCUCGAAGACAUAAAGGAAAUGAUCGACAAAGUCAUGUGCGAGCAGAUCAUCCCUCCUCUUUUAUCAUCUACUCCAAAAGCAAUGACCAUGAAGGCCACAUCUCCAUCAUCACUGCAUGAGGGGUCAAGUGCAGGUUUGACCACUGAAUUUUUUAAAAUGGAGACAAAGACUGAGGCCAAAAAAGAGGCCAGUGGAGAUGAUGGAUUAUUUGGAGAAAGGGGUGAGCUCCUAAGUGAUGACUUAACAAACAGCAGCAAUAGGCUUUCUGUUUACUUCGUGGAGGGACACGCAGAAGUCAAAGAUGAAGAAGAGAGAGAAGCGGCCUUGUCGGAGGGGAUAGGUAGCAGUCAGCAAUGGACACCAGGAAGUGGUACCCAGGGUGGUGGUCUGAACCCGAACCCAGAAUGUGACCUUGUGGAUGGUGUUAGUCUUGUUGUGGAGGUCUCCUCUUCCUCUGAUGCAUGCUCACCAUUACGAUCACAGGGGAUUGUUUGCAGAGAGACAGACAGUGGUUUUGGGAGCUCCUACUUGAAUCAAUCCAGUGGAACAUUACAGCCUAGCCCUCCCACAGAAAGAGUGCACAGUGAUGGACUUAGUACCUCAGACAGUGAAGGCUCCUCCCUCAACCUACAGACAACCAUCCAUCCAUCAAACGUGAACAGGUGCCAGGGGACCAGCGCCAAUUCACCAGUCCAAGCAGAUCUAGUGGAUCUGUGGGUGCAAAGUACCACUAAAGACUCAGUCAAGCUCCAAGGCCCUGAUGCAAGCAAUCACUACGCCUGUGAACCCAUCCUGAGUACUGCCAUGGAUAGAGAACAGAAAGAACGUCAACUGUGCUCUUGUAAUAGUGAGGCUAUCCAAGACUUACAGGCAGAGGUAUCUAAGCUGAAAAAGGAUCUAGAAGAAGGCCUGGUCCAACUUCCUCAACUGGCACAGAAGAUGGAUUACCUGGCCUCCAAGUACAGGCAAGAGCGUAGGUACAAUAGUAGACCAAGGACCCGCCAUAAGCCAACCAGGCAGCGGCAAACCAGUCAGUUAAGACUAGACGACUGGAUUUCAACAGAUAUGGACCCAAGCAAGAGCAAAGGGACAGACAGUGGCGACGCAUCCUGCUCUCAGAUGAUGCUGCACUUCCACAGUCCUCCUGUGGGAGGCGACAGAGUCAAUUCAAUUUCAGGCCAGUUUCAGGAGAAGCUGCAAGCUAAUGGUGUAUCAGAUGUAAUCACGUCUGGGCCCAUGAACUCUCGUUUGAAGGAAGAAAGACACAAUAAUUCCAAACACAGGACACAGAUGGCCACCAUGGAAGGAUGGUCUGUCCCAUUGCCUCUGUCCACCCAGAGACCCCUUCUCCAGGUCGGCUAUGCCUCCUCCUGCAGUCUACCUGCAAGCUACAAAGUGAGGGAACCACCUGUUCAUUCCGUGUCCCAUCCCCGGAAGCAUUCCACCCAGUCGGACACAGCACUCCUACCCAGCAAUGUGUACUUUCAGCAGACACUGUCUCCAGGAUCAGCAUUCCCAAGGGCUGGCAACUUCCGGACAGGAAGCAAGGAAGAGAAGAUGAACAGGCCUCUGGACCAGGCUCUCAAGGCAGCCCGCGACAUGAAGAGGAAAACCGACCGCAUGGUCAAGAGACUAACAGCCGACCUGGUCAAAGCUCAACUCUUGCCGCAGGAGAGUGUGCAACAUUAAGCCAGUAGGAGGCAGGACACAACACAUCACUUAACACAGAGAACACAUAGGACCACUAAAGACUUAUUUCUUUAGCUAGUGCGUAAUAUUCAUUCAUUCAUUUUCUAUACGGCUUGUCCUCAUUAGGCUCACAGGGGUGUGCUGGAGCCUAUCCCUAGGUAGUGCACAAUAUAUCUUACAGUAUUUAAUGAUUAUUAGGAUUAUAAUUAUUAUAAGUGAAAUCUAUCUUUUGUUGAAGCCAUUCUAAUACCCAACACUUUCACUCUCUGUUUGGAAUACAGAAGAAUAGAAUAGCUUGCUUUCAGUCACAAUUUCACGUUUGUUUGAAUCAAUCGGAAUAAUUUGACGUAAAAAAAAAAAAACUUUUAUGGAGAAUAUGAUCCCUGUUAUUGCUUUGGAAACCACAAAAUCACGCACUUUACUGGCUUCUUAGUACAUUGAUCCUCAACUGGUCUCAACUGGCAUGGCCCACUUUUUGAAACUACACAAAACAAGAUCACAAAUGUAGAUAUUUCACUUAUAUUUUUGAUUUCAGAGCACAAACUGAGAAGGAACAUCUACACAUACAAAGGUCAAUAAAGUACCGUAAAAAUAAAAUACCAGUAUAAACCAUACAAUUAGAUAUUUCAUUUGUACUGUACACAAACUUAGGAGGAACAUGGCGACUGCAUAUAUAAAGAUCAACAACAUAUAAUAAAUAAAAUAGCUAAGUUUCACAAAAACAAGUCCACAAAAGUGGAUAUUUCACUUGUAUUUCUGCAUUUAAAUUACAUACUGAGGAGGAACAGGGCAACUCCAUGUACAAAGCUGCACAAGAAGUGUGUAAUAAUAAUUAAAUAUGCUUCCCAAUGGUUUGCUAUAGAAUACAUGCAAUAAGCUGCAGGGGUAAAGUGAUAAAGAUGAAUCAAAUUAAAAAGUGGGUCAUGUAGUCAAUAUAACAUUUCAGGUAAAUCCCGCCCUUGUCUUGAAUUCAAAUGAAUAUCAACUUCAGUCCCCCUAGCUACGUUUCCAAUGGCCGUCCUCAUGCAGGCCUGUGAGCGCUAAACGUGUCCUCUUACGGGGUUUGUGUCGGGUUUGUUUGCUUUGUGGUUCCACUCCUGUCUCUGCCAAAGUCUGUUGGUGAUGCGAUGUGUUGUGUGUUUGUGUGAGGUUAUCAAGUUCUACUGUUGUUCUUAAGGGGGUAUCGGGUAAGGGGAUGUAUCCAAACAAUAUUCCGGAAUGCCUCAGGACAAUAGUUUACAGUAGGUAUUUAAUGUUCACUAACCUGAAGGCUUUUGACACACUGGUCUGAUUGAAGCGUGACUUUGCAACUACAGUACAUGCCAAACAUUUCUUGUAAUUAAUUAAACUCAAUAAAA